CAAUGUUGUGAAAUUUUUCUGCCAAAUCCUAUAAUCUGUCUUCGGAGUCAGGAAGUCUCCAAAUUCUUACCUACUAGAACUCCUCCUUUGGUGGUCAGUGGUCACCUCAAGAGAGACACACGGCCAUGGCGGAACCACAAGUCGUCGUCGACGGUGCUGAUGGAGCUUCCGUGAAUCCGCAGGUCGCAGCUGUAAAGGCCUCCCUAGCCAAAGUUUCCGAGUCCUUCCAAGCAGUGAUCGCUCAGCAGCGUCCUUGGUCUGAAGUAGCAGACCGGUCUCAGAUCGCGAAGCCCGAGGGUUUCAACGAUGCUCUCAGCAGGAUCCGAAAGAACAUCGUGUAUUUCAAGGCUAACUACCUCGCGAUUAUUCUCGGCAUGGUCGCUCUCAGCAUCCUGUGGAACCCCAUCUCCAUCUUCUGGCUCGGAUUCCUCGGUGCAGCCUGGGUCUAUCUCUUCAUGAUCCACUCACAGCCGCUGGUGAUUGGUGGACGAACCUUGAGCGAAACCGAGAAACUUCUGGGCAUGAUCGCGAUUUCUGUCCUGGUGAUCUUCGGUCUGACCUCCGUCGGCUCCGUUCUGAUGUCGGGAAUAACUCUGGGUCUCGUCGCCAUCGCCGUCCACGCAGCCUUGAGAGUGCCUGAUGACUUGUUCGUGGAUCAAGGCCCUGCCCCUGGCACCUACAUGUCGUUCCUGGGCGGAAUCAACAACCCACAAUCUGUGGCUGUUGGAGUUUAGGCCAUUUGACACUCACUCCUGGGCUUGAGUACCGUAAUCUCGUCAUUGCGUAUGAACAAGUAAAUCCGAUCAAACGUGGAAGUAAAUUCAACUGUGUUCCGGAUUUAUUCAGAUGUACCAUAGUCCUGAUUUGAGCACCUUGAAGCAAUUUAAAGCAGCGAGCCUCCUCAUGGAGCCCGUCUUGCUUGUUAGUCAUUGUGGGUGCACGUUUCAACCACAACUCAAGACAUGGUUGGUCUGGCACAGCGAAAAUGAAACUGAUGUUCAAGAGAUUUGGGAGCAUUGUCUUUGUUGGGCUGAGAAAAGCCCUUAGGAUCUU